AUUUACAGAGAAUAUAAGAUGCAAUCUCUGGUGCAUCAUCAUCUCAAAUCACUGACGACGACUGAACAAUCAAGGUCUGAUAUUCAAAUAUUUAAACGGAGAUGUUUCGGCGAUGUCAGACUCUUUUUUGCAUCAUCAUUUGUAUGGUGUCUACAAAUACCGCUUCCCCUCUCGGCCACAGAGGAGCGCUGUCCUUCUCCAAUUCACUGCGCCUCACGCGCACAAUCCGCGCCAGAGUCCAACAGCUGCUGUCCCGAUACAAACAACAGGUGUUUAGAGGCGAGCUUUUUGUGUACGGAGACCUAGGCCUAAUGAAGCUGAGUACACUACCCACUGCGACUCUCAGUUAUCAGACCUGGCUACACAUGCAGGACACUGAGCGUUUGCGUUUGGCCUCUCACUACCUCCAAAUUUUCUGGACUCACCUGGAAAGUCAACGGCAGCAGCUUGAGAGAGAAAGAGAUGCGACGAGAGAAAAAAGAGAGCAGCGAAGAGACAAACGAGGAAGGCCACAGCCCACCUUGUGCCAAAGUUUUGUCGGUCUGCAAAUAGAUCUGAGGGAUCUAAUGAGACAAGUCAACUCACAGUUGAAGAGCAUCACACAGUUGUCUGCAUCCACAGAAUCUCCACUUCUCCAUCCCCUACACUCCACUUCAUUGUCCAGUCCAUUUCCCAGCAUGCAUCAUUCCACAGACAACACCAGAAAGCCCCAGAGCCCAAGACCCACUGUUAACCCUAGGAGCUCCGCACACUUCACCGUACAAUCAUCUGAGACCUUUAACUCUGCCGACAGGAGAUUGACUUCAGCAAUGAAGAAGACCACUGUUAGCCUCCUGCAAACCACCACCCGGGCAUCGACACUUGCGUCGACCCAGCAGACCACAACAGCACGGGAGUCACUUUGGAUUCAACAUAUGAGAGGGUACAUGAUACUGAGAGAUCUAGAACGGUACUUGAGCAGAUUGGCACGAGAUUACACUGUGCUCCAAGCCAAAUAUUGAAAAACACAUCAAAGAAAACCUUUGAAAACAAAUACCAAGUAUUGGAGCAACACGGAAUUAAAUUAUAAAACAGAACCAAGGAAUUGCAUAAUUGAAUACACUAACAUUCAUAUCACUAAAGAACUUCAUGUCAUAGUUGCUGUUUACCUUGCUCAUUAACUUUUUUUAUGAGAAUAUUUUAUUAUUUACCGUUUUUUUUACAAAAGACUAGACAGAUACUUGUCUUAAUGUGUGAAAAUUUAUUUUUUUGAAUCUAAAUUUCAGUAUUUUAUAUUUAAUGAGUAUUGUAUGGGAUAGGUCAGGGGAGUAAAUACAUGAACAGGCAGCUAGUAUAGGUCAUCAUGAGAUUACCUAAGCAGUAUUAUUUGACAAGCAAGUAUUUUUAGAUUAUACAAUGGUUGUGUUAUUUGUAUUAACACAAUGCCAGCAUCAUUUAAACAAGAAAAAAAACAGUACAUGUUUGGUUUAUAUUAAACUGAAACAAAACAGCAUAGUCAGCAAUUGUAGAAAUUCAAAAUUCCCCAAACACCCCACUUCCCUCCUUCACUGAUAAUCGGCAAUACAAAGGUCAGAACGAUAUUAACUUUACAUCCGCUUUUCUUUUUCAUUCCCCUGUACUUUCCACCUUGUCUUAUUUAUUAAGUUAUUUAUUUUAUUUAUGUGAAAUGUGUGUAAAACCUUUUUCAAUCAAUAUUUAUUAUUCAUAAAUAAGUGCAGAAGUGAAACAUGUGUACUGAAUUACUGAAUAAAAUGACUGUGAAGCAUUUCUACUGAA